AUGAGUAGAAAGAAAUUGAAUUCUAUUAUUUAUGAGUUAAAUCCGUAUGUGAAUAAACUUUUGAGUUCAUUUAUUAUAUAUGAUUGGGUGCAACCCCACCCGGUUAAUGUGAGCGUAACACACGCGCAUUUGAAGGGCGUGAUACAUGUCUCCAUUUGUACCCUUAACAAUAACAAAUAUUCCAUUCUGAGUGCUCUCUCCAAUCUGAAAUCUCAUUCCCUUGACAAAGUCUCUGAAGCCACAACAAACUUGUUAAUCCCCCCUUUCACUUUGGCACUUGUAUUAAUUGCUUCCAAAAACUCUCUCUCUCUCUCUCUGCCACCAAAUAUGGAUGCGAUCACUGCUUCCUUAGAGAGGUCUCUUCAAAACUGUUCGCUAAACAACAACAACCACCACCACCACCAACAGAACGGAAGGACGGAAAACGAGGGUUCCGCCACCACAAACGCAUCGGCAGAAGGAGGAGGAAGAAGCAUAGGAAUCUCAUCCAGCAGCUCAGAUGAUAAUAAUCAUAUCUCCAACAACAACUCUGACACCACGUUAGAGCUCAACUCUCACAUCUCUCUACCUUACCAUUGGGAACAAUGCUUAGACUUAAAGACGGGAGAGAUUUAUUACUUAAACUGGAGGAACGGGAUGAAAGCAAAAGAGGAUCCAAGAAGAGUGGCAGAAAGGGAUUGUGAAGAACAAGAGUCGGAGGAAGAAGAAGAAGAGAGUUGGUAUGAUGAUAGUGAAGAAUGUUCAUCUGAGUGUUCAACGAAUGAGAGAGAGGUGGUAGAGAAAGAGAAUGGGAAUGUUCUAGUAGUUGCUGGUUGCAAGAGCUGUUUGAUGUAUUUCAUGGUGCCAAAACAAGUUGAAGACUGCCCAAAAUGUAAUGGUCAACUUCUCCACUUUGAUCGAUCCGAAAAUUGCUCCCCUUGA